CACAAACUAGUCUCUAGUACCAUGCAUAAGUAUUUACCCUACACUGAAUAGGAAUAAAACCUGAUGGGGCGUGCUAGCAUGAAGCGACGCUGCUGUUACCACCCCAAAGUUGAUCAUUUUCCUUAAGUGUUUUAUGCCUUUUAUUUUUAGAAACACCCUAGCAAUCACCUGGAAUACCAUAGCAACCACCUAACACCACUCUAUCAACUACCUGGAAUACCAUAGCAACUGCCUAAAAACACCCUAGCAACCAUAUGGUAUAGCAUAACAGCCACCUAGCAACAGCUUGGCAGCCAUAUUAAAUACCAUAGCAACCAUCUAGCAAAACCCUAAUAACUACCUGGGAUACCAUAGCAGCCACCUAGCACCCAAAUAAAAUACCAUAGCAACCACCUGGAUUAACCUAGCAACCACCUAUUAACAGCCUAGAAAUGACCUGGGAUAGCAUAGCAACCACCUGUCAACAUCCUAGCAUCCACCUGGAGUAACAUAGCAACCACCUAGCAGCACCCAACCAACCACUUAUCAACACCCCGGCUACCACCUGGCAACACUACAGCAACCACUUAGCAACACCCUAGCUACCACCUGGCAACACUACAGCAACCACUUAUCAACACCCCGGCUACCACCUGGCAACACUACAGCAACCACUUAGCAACACCCUAGCUACCACCUGGCAACACUACAGCAACCACUUAUCAACACCCCGGCUACCACCUGGCAACACUAUACCAACCACUUAUCAACACCCCGGCUACCACCUGGCAACACUACAGCAACCACUUAGCAACACCCUAGCUACCACCUGGCAACACUACAGCAACCACUUAUCAACACCCCGGCUACCACCAGGCAACACUACAGCAACCACUUAGCAACACCACAGCAAUUGCUUGGAAUAGCAUAGCAAACUCCUAGCAAAUGCCUAGCAAGCACCUGGCAUAACACAAGCCCUUAAACGAACUACAUGUAUAACAUUUUAACCUUUAAAUAUUACAAUAUUUUAUUUUAAGCUUUAAAAUUUAACUGUUUAACAUUUUAAAUGUUAAACCCUCUGUGUAAACUCUAGAGACUGUUGUGUAUGACAUUCCCAGGAGGUCAGCAGUUUCUGAAAUACUCAAACCAACAAACUUUUCCUUUAACACUGCUGUAUGGGAAUGCAACAGAUUAAAAGUGUGUUUGAUGUAAAAGUAAGAUAAGUGAUUUGCUGCCAUCUCCUUCCAGCAAGAGAGGAAUCCCACUACAGCCAUCUGAGCCUUAGACCACCUCAAACUUGAAUGGCUAUAGCUUCCGAUACCAAAGAGUGGUCUGCACACUGACAUCGUUCAUACAAUGAAGCCUAUAUACUUGAUAUACCUGCUCUUCGAAACUGUGAGCUUGUGACAGAUGUGUAGAUCUGGGUGCUCCUCCUGCUCUACUACCUGGGACAACAUGGCUCCCAGCCCUUUGUCUGAUGCAUCUGUCUUUAAAACAAAAGGAAGCAAGAAGUCAACAGAAUGUAACAGUGGGCUGUUGUGCAGUGUACAUUCAGAAUGAAAGUGACACACACCUAACCGAUCAGUUUGUCAACGCGUGGCACUAAAUACGUGUGGACAGAUGGAAAAUAGGUGCACUGUGUUUGAGGGAAGUUGUCAAGCAUUUGUCAAUUUUGUGAUCAUUCAAUUUCAUACAGUAUAUGAGCUCUUCACAGCAUUACUGGCCACAGGAUUCACCAGCUGAUAUUUGUCACCAACUGCCAUGAAUGGCCAGCCAACAGACACGGGCCAUGAGAUGUUUUAGUGUUUUAUAAUGUUCUAAAUGCCCAGCCAUAGGAUUAUGGUGAGCUGCAUGGAAAACCAUUUCCCUGCAGGACUUUGAAACCAGCAACUGGGUGUUUUCUUCCUUGGUUUGAGAGGCCAGCAUCAUGUGAUAAAGGCUAUCAUUAAUAAUAGAGAAAUACACACAGGAUACUGCGACCCCUGGCUAUACUAAUUGACCAUCAAUUACUCUCAUUUGUUCGAAGGUGUGCCUCAGAGUAUCACCUUGUGACUGCUCCAGAAGGAAAUGCCUCGGGUGAAUCCCAAGGGGAGGGGGUCUCACCGAUUGCCUGGUUGUUUCCGGCUCCAUUUCCCUAGUGAGAGCUGUACAUAUCCCACACUGUGUGACCUUAAUGCAGGACCCAUGUCCUAGCUUGGUAGGGGGAGAGCCAGCACAAUAUUUCCACUUCCAUGACUGGACACAGGCAGGCAUGGGAGAGAACAGAGGUAUGUUAUUUAAAGAUGCCUGUCUGUGGUUUUCAGCCCAGCAACAUUCGCAAUGGAAAUAUUUCAACUUCAAAAUACAUGCUGCACCACGGGUUCUCUCUGCUCGGCUGUCACACCUCACUAGUGUAUGCUCAUUCAUGAAAUUACCCAUUCCUUCUCGAAGACUCUGCUCUCCAUUUAAAAGGGAUGCUUGGCCACAUCCCCACCACUAUACUUCUCCUUUAAAUCCUGCACUCACACCCAGUUGUUAAGGCUCCACCUUCUUUCUCUGUCACUGUAACUCACAGAACCAGAAAGAGUAUUUCAGAGAAUACAAAACUCUAAGUGCCAUCCUCUCUCUUUCUCUCUCAGUGUGUGAGUUCAGGAAAAUGGCCGAGGCCAGUAUUUCUGUAGAUCAGGAUCAGUUCAGCUGUCCAGUCUGUCUGGAUCUACUGAAGGAUCCAGUGACUAUCCCCUGUGGUCACAGUUUCUGUAAGGUGUGUAUUAAUGACUGUUGGGAUCAGGAAGAUAAGAGCGGAGUUUAUAGCUGUCCUCAGUGCAGAGACACUUUCACUCCAAGGCCUGUUCUACGCAGAAACAACAUGCUGGCUGAAGUGGUGGAGAAACUGAAGAAGAAGACUGAAGUCCAAGCUGCUUCUCCUGCUCACUGUUACGCUGGAUCUGGAGAUGUGGAGUGUGAUUUCUGCAAAGGUAGAAAAUACAAAGCUGUCAAGUCCUGUCUGAUGUGUCUGGCCUCCUUUUGUGAAACUCAUUUGAAACCUCACUAUGAAGUUCCUGCUUUGAAAAAACACACAUUAAUCGAAGCUUCUGGAAAUCUGCAAGAGAAGAUCUGCUCUGAGCAUGAUAAAGUGCUGGAGAUCUACUGUUCUACUGAUCAAAGCUUCAUCUGUCUUUGGUGUACAAUGGAUAAACACAAAGAUCAUGAAACUGUCCCCGUUGCAUCAAAAAGAACUGAAAAACAGAGUGAGCUAAAGGAGGAGCAGAUGAAAUCCCAGCAGAGAAUCCAGGAGAAACAGAAGAAGGUGCAGGAGCUGAAACAGGCUGUGAACACUAUAAAGCUGAGUGCACAGACAGCAGUGGAGGACAGUGAGAGGAUCUUUAAUGAGCUGAUCAGCUCCAUGGAGAAAAAGCGCUCGGAGGUGACGGAGCUGAUCAGAGCUCAGGAGAAGACUGAAGUGAGUCGAGCUGAACGACUCCUGGAGCAACUGGAGCAGGAGAUUGCUGAUCUUCAGAGGAGAGUCACUGAGCUGGAGCAGCUUUCACACACACACGAUCACAUCCAUUUCCUCCAGAGUUUCCAGUCUCUCUGUGUCUCUUCUGGACGUGAGGACUCACCCAGCAUCACUGUCAAUCAACAUCUCUCAUUUGAUGGAGUGAGGAAAUCUCUCUCUGAUCUGAAAAAGAGACUGGAGGAAUUCUGCCAGGAGGAAUUCAUCAAAAUCCCUAAACAUGAUGAGAGAAAUUGUCCUGCUGGGAAAUCUUUACUUUCUCUGCAGCACGCUGCAGCAGUUCAGAUGAUUUUACCCUCAGAACCAAAGAGCAGAGAAGAUUUUCUACACUAUUUCUGUGAUCUGACUCUGGAUCCCAACACAGUAAAUUAUAAUCUCAUUCUGUCUGAGAAGAACAGAGUGGUGACAUACAGUGAGAUCAAGCAGCCGUACUCUGAUCAUCCAGAGAGAUUUGACUCUCGGUGGCAGGUGUUGUGUAAGGAGAGUGUGUGUGGAUGCUGUUACUGGGAGGUGGAGUGGAGCAGUAAGGGUUAUGUGUUCAUAUCAGUCUCAUAUAAAGACAUCAGCAGAAAAGGAGGUUAUGAGAGUGUGUUUGGAGGCAACAGUCAGUCCUGGAGCCUUCAGUGUUCUUCUUCUUCUCACUCUAUCUGGCACAACAACAUUCAGACUGCACUCAGAGUUAUAACAUCCUCCAGAAUAGGAGUGUAUGUGGAUCACAGUGCAGGAACUCUGUCCUUCUACAGCGUCUCUGACACGAUGAAGCUCCUCCACAGAGUCCACACCACAUUCACUCAGCCUCUAUACGCUGGAUUCUGGCUCGAUUUGAGAUCAACUGUGAGAUUAUGUGAUCUGAAAUAAAUUAUUUAUGUUCAAGCUUGAACAAAAAAGGAUCACUUGUUUGAUAUUUUCUAAUUUUCACUAAUACAUCUUUUUCUGUCUAUUAGGAGAUUUUACUGUAAUAAAUAUGACAUUUAUAAAUUACUCCAUAUCAGAUAAUUAUUUUGUUUGUGAAUACUGUAUAUGUAUUAGAAAACUGAUUUUUUAAAUUUGAAAAUUCCAUCUUUGCAAUGAUUAUUAUUCAUACAUAAUUCAUUCAUUACCAAUCUAUUGCCAAGAGAUUCAAAAUUAGUUAUAUCACUCUUACAAAUGUAUGAUGUCAUAUCAGAGGAAAAAAAAAUAGAUAAAAGUAAUGUGUUCUGUCUUUAUCUUUCUACUGGCUGUUUCGGUUAUAGUGAUGCAUCAUCAUUAGCUUCACUGCAUUUAGUCUAGCAUAUGCAUGAAAACAAUUAUGUGUAUAAGUUUAAAAUAUUAAGUUCUUUAAGUUUAGGCUUCUCCUACAGCAAACUCUGGUACACAUUUCACUUUUAUUAAUUUUCUUUAAGUCUCAAUAAAAUGUUC